AUGGCCGGAAGACUAGAGGAGGAUCUCCGUUGUCCGACCUGUUUGGACAUCUUCAAAGAUCCCGUCAUGCUGCCGUGCGGUCACAACUACUGCCGUGCGUGUCUGCAGAAGUGGAAAGACGUAGGACAGCGCUCGUGUCCACUCUGUAGGACAGCGUUUCGGUCGAUGGAUACACCUCCGAACCUGGCACUGAGGAAUAUGUGUGAAAACUUUUUACGAGCCACUAUCGAGUCAAAAGACAUCUGCAGCUUGCACAAGGAGGAACUCAAACUCUUCUGUUUGGAUCACCAGGAGCUCGUGUGCCUCAUCUGCAGAGAUGCAAAAAUCCACGGCGGCCACAAGAUGCAGCCCGUCGAAGAAGUUGCGAAAGAUCACAAAGACAAACUUCAAGACGGCCUACAGAACGUAAGAAUGAGACUCAAUGAUUAUAAAACACGCAGCGACAAUUGCCAUCGACAACUGGCUCACAUCAAGGCCCAGGGGGAGAAGGUCCAAAGAAAGAUUAAGAAGGAUUUUGAAGAGCUUCGUCACUUCCUUGACGUUGAGGAAAAAGCAAGGUUGUCUGCUGUCAGGGAGGAAGAGCAGAAGAAGAGUCAGACCAUGAGGGAAAAGAUCGCGGCUCUCGGAAAGGACAUGGUCACGCUCUCCAACACGAUCAGAAACACGGAGGACCUGCUGAGUUCUGGCGACAUGUCCGUCUUGAAAAACUUCAAGACAACGAUGAGAAAAAUCCGAGAGCUUCCCGAUGAACCGGACCUGCCCGGAGGAGCUCUGUUGGAUGAAGCAAAACACGUGGACGAACUCAAGUUCAACGUGUGGCAAAAAAUGAAGACUGUCUCCAACAGACCCAACAGGAACACUCCAGAUCCCGGUCCGACCAAUCUGACUUUGGAAGAAGCGCAAAGGUGUCCAGAGAGCGUGAAGUGGAAUAUUGUGCUGGGUUCCGCUUUGGACUCAGGAAGACACGAAUGGGACGUGGAAGUGCUAGACCACAAAGACUGGCUGGUGGGGAUCUUGUGGGGGGAACCUUAUUUCCCUGGAGAAAUGACUGGGUGGUUAAUUGGAUUUAAAGACGGUAAAUACACAAAGCCCGGUGGCGCAUUUGGAGCUUGGCAUCCGCCUGUAGAACUGCGACGGAUCCGAGUCAUGGUGGACUUUAACAGAAGAUCUGUUUCAUUCUCUGAACCUCUUACCAAAACGCAAUUGUGGUCCAUUAAUAACUGCUCCGAUUGGCCAGAUUUAUCCGGUUACAUCAAAAUGUAUCCUUCCAUUUACACUAGGAGUAUUACUCCUCUGACAAUAAUCCCAGUUCCGACUCGAGCUAUGUCUCUCAUGAGUUCAUUUUGA